CCCUGAGCCUAUCCUCUCUCUCUCUUCUCACGCAACCCUCCAUCUCCUCUCUCCUCCAUCUCCUUUCUCCACCUCUCUUCUAACAUUUCUCCCAAUUCCAGAUUUCUCAUCAACUCAGGCCACCGGCGCGGCAGACGGUGGCAAUCAUCGGUGUGGAUGAGGUGUUGGUGCCCAUGAGAAGGAGGCCUUGACGGAGAUGGCGGCUGCGGUGAGGUCGGCGGAGGUGGAGGAAGCAAUGGCGGCAUCUGGCAACGGUGGAGACUGGCAGAGGCGACAUCCAGCGACAGCGAAGUCCAGCAGCGACGGCGGCAGCGAAGUCCAGCGGCGAAGUCCGGCGGCGACGGCGACGGCGAAGUCCGGCGUCGACGGCGGGGACUGGCGGCAGCAAAGUCCGGCGGCGACGGCGGCAGCGAAGUCCGGCGGCGACUGGCGGCAGCAAAGUCCGGCGGCAAUGACUGGUGUAGGAAGUGUUGUGGUCACGCCUUCAAGACAAUUCAUCGUUGUGUGUGUUUAUAUUUUAUUAUUCUAUUUUGUAAUUUUAAUAGAUAGUGUAGGAUUUUCAUUAAGGGUAAUUUUGAGAACUCAUGUCUUUUUAGUCCUAUUGAAUCACACGGAACAUACAACUCCUCUUUUUGCAUUUUUGUUAUGUUUUGCUCCUAGUUAGAGAA